AUGAAAAGUGUGAAAGCUCUGAUUGGAUCAAGCUCUGAGACACGUGUCAAUCAGUCUAAUCGCACCAUACUCGGCUUUGAACGGAGAUUGCCGCCGCCUCAAGGCCCAACCUUUUUGGCCACGCCUUCCGUUUGGCGCGCCCCUCACCGCCGCCGCCGCGCGCGCGAGACACACACUUUGGUUUGUUGAGUUCUCCAGUUACUCUACCUCUUCCCUUUGACCUGCUCUUUCUUUAUUGGUUUACCUUCAUUUUUUGUGUGAUCUGUGUUUAGGUGAUUGAAGUUAUAACUGUUUUUUUGAAGUAUAAUUUUGUGUUAAAAUCAAUUUUUAUUCUGAGGUCUCGAGAGUGAAAUUCGUGUUGCUACAGACGAAAAACGCUACUUUUGGCGUUAUUUCGAUGCUCAAAAAAAUUUUAAUUGAAAAAUGAAGAAUUUAUUGGAUUCUCAUCAGUUGGAUGUAAUAUUUUGAGAUAGAAAGCUGAAAUUUUGAGCUAUUUUCAAUUUAAAUUUUUCCAUUUUCUCCCCUCCUUUGAUUAAAAUUAAAUGAAGUACGAAUUUUUAUCAUUUCUGAUGAGUCCUUUGAUUAAUCCUAUCAAAUCGAGUUUUACUAACCUUGUCCUUUCCCAAAAGUCAAUCCGAGUAAGCUUGUCUGGAAUGUCGCGUACCCUUCAAUACGAAAGAUACCUUAUCACGAGGACAUGUCGACUUGAUAGCCGUUUAUCAAUCUAACAGUCAGUUGUUGGCCCUCGCCCAUUCUCACAUGCAUAUGGCGAGUUAUCAUUUGUAUUUGAGCUCGUUUUGAUAACUUUGGAUUUUCAAUUUUUUAAUCAUUUUCUUGAAUGUAACAGAAGGUUUUUGGAGAAGAUGUGAGUAAUAUUUUUCUGAAGUUGGUCAAAAAAUAGCUUUUAUUGAAACCUUUUCCUCAUUCUUUCUCUCUUGAUUUCUUUUUUCAAUCAUUAAGAAAAAUCUCGAGGCUCUUUCCAUGUCUUAUUUUCGAAAAGUUACGGAAAAAAUUGUAUAAAUAUUUUUGCUAGAGCGUUUUUUAAAGGAAACAUAUUCAUAAUCUCAGAAUUCAUUACGGGAAAAGUUAAAAAAAUUAAACAAGAAAGCUUAAAUUAAAUACGAGACAAUUAAUCUUUAUCACUAAUUGAAUUUUUCAACUUUUUCCUCUUCAAUUUUUGAUGACUGAUUUUUCGAAUUUUUCUGCGGUAACCCACAAAAAAAAGUAUCCCUCAAAUCUGCUCUUAUUACUUUCAAUGGGAUAUUUUUGAUUCUAGUGUGGAAUUUCUUGAAUAAUCUGCUACAAUAAUGGAGUAUCUUUCCGUAAAUUGAACAUUUUGGAACCUGAUCGUCCACCACAAAUCGCAAAAAGAUAUCCCUCGAAAUCUCUCAUAAUAUACUAGCGAUGGAACGGCGUUGAGCGAGUGAAAGCGAUAUCGGCUAGUCGAUUUCAACCUCGCAGUGUAAAAGAGGACAAAGCGGACGGGCUCUGCGGGGAUCUCUGCCGUCGCCGAACCGACGGCGGCUCUUCUCCUUUUUCCCCUGGUCGCUGUGCACGGUUAUCUGUGUGGCCCAAGUUGGCCUAUCGCUGAUCGCCGUCGACCUCAUCCGCUAG